CUAAUUCUCUCCCUUCUACCUUCUUCUUUUUCAUCAUCUUCUUCUUCGAUCCAUGAUCUUCUAGUCUCGAGAGGCUUACCAGCAGGUCUGCUUCCAAAAGAAGUGAAAUCUUACACACUUUAUGAAAACGGAACACUGGAAGUGUUGUUGGGCGAGCCGUGCUUGACCAAGUACGAGAACAGGGUGAUGUUCGACAGUGUUGUGAGGGCUAAACUCAGCUAUGGAAGCUUGAGCGGCGUCGAAGGGCUGAGCCAGGAAGAGCUGUUCCUGUGGUUGCCUGUUAAAGGGAUCAUCGUUUAUGAUCCGAAAUCUGGGCUCAUCUUGUUCGACAUUGGUGUUGCUCAUAAACAGCUCUCCUUGUCCCUCUUUGAAGAUCCUCCUCUCUGUAAACCCAAAGGUGAAUCGGUCUCUUCCAUUUCUUUCUUUUCCAUUCAUAAUUUUUUUGGAUAA